ACAUAAUGAUAAUGUCAAGAUGCCAUACCGACAGUAGGGAAUUGUAUAGCACUGUGGUGUACAGGUUAAAGACACAGCCACUUCUGUGGGAGACAUGGGUUCGAAUCCAGUGAAGGCAACAAUAUCUAUCACUAUUAAUUGCGGGCCGGCUGAACUAGGCUUGCCCGGUUCCUUUUCUGGUUACUAGUGAGAAAAGGGAAGCAAAUGGUUACACAUGAAUUACUUCGGUUUUGGUCUGGACUAAUGUCCAUGUAAAGCAAGAUGACAAGGAUAACAACUUUACAAAUGUAGCACAAAAGUUAGCUUAAUUUGCCAAAAAUAUAAAGUAGUAGCUAACAAGUAAAAAACUAAAUGUUUCAUCUCAAUAAUGAGCAGAUUUUCCAAGUGCAUAGCUCAACUCAGAUCUUUCAUUCAGGGCAUGCGUGAAUCGAAGUGCAUGCGUGCGCCUCAGUUGACAAAUCGUAGCGGCACACAUACAUUUAGGUGCACAAUGACAUUUAUGAGUUAUCAAAUUCAUAAUACUUCAAUUCUCUAGACGCAACAACACCUACAUUCAAAUUCCACUGAGGGAGUAAAAUGGGUGGGACUAUGGACCCCUGGAGAUGCUUGUUGGCGUAGACUACCUGCAAACGCUCACUGACACAUUCUAGCCUGCCAGCUUUGUGAUUGGUUGAAACAGAUACCUGCUUAAAGAUGUUUUUUUCCAAGGAUUGCCAAAAGAGUCAUUGAAAUCAGUCCCCAGUCACUACUGUUGCGUAAUAUAGGGAUUGUGUUUACCAAGUUUUUGAUUGUGCGAGACAAAAGACUAAGAUAGCUACUGCAAGGAUCUUUCCCCUUCAUGUCAAGUGGUACAUUUAGAAACUCUCACAUACCGUGGAAAUUCAUUGAUAGUGGAAAUUAAAACCCUAACCUAUUGCGUUCAGUUGAGAAUCAACCUUUUAGAGAUGCUGCCUGAAAUACUUAACCAACUGUAACCCAAUGAAGAAAACUAUUACAAUGAGUCCCUUUAUAGCCCUAGACAAAAGAGGGACAUAUUUUUAGACAAGAAGAGGAUUACCGCUUAAAAAUAGGCUUAUAAUAACUACAGUACUAAAACAAGCCCUCAAAGUGGUACAUUUCGGGUUAUUCUUUGAGUAAUUGACAUGAGACAAUGAAAGGUCGGGUAGGGGAGGGGUCAUGGUAGAAAUGACCAUCCAAAGUUAUUUAAAAACCACAGAAGAACAAGAAAGAACCAAUUGUACUAGAACCAACUACAAGACCCCUGAAGGAGAUCUUAGAGACUCCAGACUAGGGGUCGAUGGUGGUUGGCUGGUGGGCGGUGCCGUUGAAUUAGUCGAGAUAUAGUCAAAAGCCAUAGGCAGAUUUCCUGUUGAGAAUUAAACCUGGGGGGGUAAUCUGAUGAGUCUCUGUUUGAAGUGAUUAUCACGGAGGGAAACAUAAAGGGAUAGCACGGCUUCUUGCCUAAUUAGCUCAUUUAGUGACAGAGUCUUGAGAAAGUUUAUAAAUACACUGGCUGAGGACAGGAGAGGACAGUCCUUAUAUCAGCUCAUCAGGAUAGCCACCGGAGAGUAGCAUCUUAACUCCAACCCUACGACUACUUUGAGCUUCACUAGAGCUAGCAGACCAGACCUGAAAACAGCUGUCUCUCUUUGACCGAUGAGAAUGCCACACUUCACUGACUGUAGCUACUACAAGAUGCGAGACGGAGCCCGGGUUUCCAAUGUCCCGGGUCACCUGGAGCCCUCCAAGUUCCAUCUGCACCCGGGCCAGGAUCAGCAGGUCAAGCAGUACCUGACGCUGGGUUCCAAGCUGGCCGGGGGACAGGGGGGUCACCUUCACCCCCAGGGAGGGCAGCCGCUGGGCACCGUACCUGUGAUGAGGAACGGCCACGUGGCCUCGGUCAGUGACGGAAGCACCCCCAGCAGCCCGGUCACUCUGCUGAGUCUGGCGGGCUCCCACGACAGUGAGUUUCCAAUGGAUGAAGUUAUUGAUGAUUUGAUUAACCUGGAAUCCGGGUUUAAUGAUGGGGGCUUGGAUUGCAUGGAGUCCGGCAUCAUAAUGCAAAACAAUGGUUCCCUGAGCAGCAGCAUGCUGGAUGUCUAUGGGGGUGAACCAGGUAUGACCACAGCCCCUCACGGCCGAAUGAAACCCAACUCAUGCCCCACUAAACUCACUACUGUAAAAAGGGAAUUCACAGAACAUGAAACAAGAGUGAUGGCCAAAGAGCGACAGAAGAAGGACAACCACAAUUUGAUUGAAAGAAGACGAAGGUACAACAUCAACUACAGAAUUAAAGAACUUGGAACAAUGAUACCGAAGUCAAAUGACCCCGACAUGCGCUGGAACAAAGGCACCAUUCUGAAGGCAUCUGUGGAGUACAUCAAGUGGCUGCAGAAAGAGCAGCAGCACGCCCGAGAGCUGGAGAACAGGCAGAAGAAGCUGGAGCAGGUCAACAGAAGACUGCUGCUCAGGAUCCAGGAACUGGAGAUCCAGGCCCUUGCUCACGGUCUCCCCAACAUGGCCACUUCCCUAGGUACUGUCGAGCUUUCCUCCCACCUCCUCAAACAGCAGCAGCAGCAGCAUCAGCCCCAGGCUUCCCAGCCGGAGGAGACCCAAAAGGGUCCCCAGCCACCCAUGUACCAGGAAGAGGUGAACGGGGAGUACCUCCAGAGGACCUCCAUGCCAGCCAUGGCCCCCGGUGCUACUGAACAGGGUCCGGGGGCGGUCGACGGCUCCACCACCUUCUCCGACCCGCUGUCUCACUUCACAGACUUCUUCAGCGCCACCCUCAAAGAGGAGCAACGCUUGGACGAGAUUCUCAUGGAGGACCCACUCUCGCCGUUUUGCCACCGAACCCGUUGCUCUCCCGCCGGUUCGCCCGCCACUUCCAAGGACUCCAGCCAAAGGAGGCAGCUUCAGCUCCGAUGACGAAAACCUAUGAACCCUGACACCUUUGGUGACUCCAUGUUAAAGGACGUACAAGCAGUUGGUCACCCAAAACCAGUCGCUGCAGGGAUUUGUUUUAGCCCAGAACCAAAAACACACCCGAUUCAAAAUUAUCACUUCAAAUCAUCGAAAGCUUGAUUAGUGGGCACGGGUGUGUUAGUGCUGGUUCAGAGCAAAAGCCUGGGGCUCUCUAGGCCCAGGGUUAGUGACCAUGGGGCGCUCCUGCUUUUUACAAACUUUGGUCUAGACGUGCACUUCUGCCUUGCGGAAUCAGACUCAUGAGAAAAAGGGAGAUAAAGAAUAGGUCCAUAAUGAUCAGAAAAUAUUGUUUCACAGUGUACUGAACACAGCAGGUGUAUACCACUUAAAAAAGACUACUACAAUAUAUCGUGCCUUUGCAAUAUGCCAAAAAGAAGUACCCUUUUCAGAGGUGUAAUACUAUAUGUAUUGUAUAAAAAUACUUUAACUCACUGAGAUUUAUUGACUUAACAAGAGACUGUUACUGGUGGUUCCCGCUUCCAGAAAACAAAUGCAAGUGAUGCAUCCAAAAAAAACUAACACAUCUAUUGUUCGUGAUAAAUGUAUUUUUACAAAAGUUUAAUGUAUUUAUGUGUUUAAAACCAUGUAUUCCUAAAACAUUUCAGUAUCUAACGUUAUCUUUUUUUAUUCAUAUUCAGGGGUUGGGAACGUAUAAUAAACCCCGUUUUGAUAGA